AUGUGUGUUUGUGAUCAGAACGGUAAAGUUACAUCUACCUGUCAACUGGGAAAUGCUUCAUCUUCUUGUUCUUCUCUUUUUCUUUUUCUUCUUCGUCUUAUCUUCUUCUUAUCUUUUUCUUAUCUUCUUCUUUCUUCUUCUUCUUCUUCUUCUUCUUCUUCUUCUUCUUCUUACCUUCUUCUUUUUCUUACCUUCUUCUUCUUACCUUCUUCUUCUUAUGCUCUUCUUAUCUUCUUCUUUUCUUCUUCUUCUUCUCCUUCUAUUCUUCUUCUUCUUAUCUUUUUCUUCUUCUCUUCCUUCUUAUCUUCUUCUUCUUAUCCUCUUCUUAUCUUCUUCUUCUUCUUCUUCUUCUUCUUCUUCUUCUUCUAUUCUUCUUCUUCUUAUCUUUUUCUUCUUCUCUUCCUUCUUAUCUUCUUCUUCUUAUCCUCUUCUUAUCUUCUUCUUUUCUUCUUCUUCUUCUCCUUCUAUUAUUCUACUUCUUAUCUUUUUCUUCUUCUCUUCCUUCUUAUCUUUUUCUUCUUAUCUUCUUAUUUUCUUCUUCUUCUUCUCCUUCUUAUAUUUGUCUUAUGUUCUUCUUAUCUUCUUGAUACCUUCUUCUUCUUACCUUCUUCUUAUCUUCUUCUUCUCCUUCUUAUCUUCUUCUUAUCUUCUUCUUCUUCGUCUUAUCUUCUUCUUAUCUUCUUCUUAUCUUCUUCUUUCUUCUUCUUCUGCUUACCUUCUUCUUCUUAUCUUCUUUUUAUUACCUUCUUCUUCUUAUCCUCUUCUUAUUUUCUUCUUUUCUUCUUCUUCUUCUUCUUUUCUUCUUCUUCUUCUUCUUCUUCUUCUUCUAUUCUUCUACUUCUUAUCUUUUUCUUCUUCUCCUCCUUCUUAUCUUUUUCUUCUUAUCUUCUUAUUUUCUUCUUCUUCUUCUCCUUCUUAUCUUCGUCUUAUGUUCUUCUUAUCUUCUUCUUCAUACCUUCUUCUUCUUACCUUCUUCUUAUCUUCAUCUUCUUCUUACCUUCUUCUUCUUCUUAUCUCCUUCUUCUUCUUUUUUUCUUAUUCUCCUGCUUCUUAUCUUCUACUUCUUCUCCUUACCUUCUUUUUCAUAUCUUCUUCUUCUUAUCAUUUUCUUUUCUUAUCUUCUUUUUCUUACAUUCUUCUUCUUAUCUCCUUCUUCUUAUCUUCUACUUCUUAUCGUCUUCUUCUUCUUUUUUUCUUAUUCCACUGCUUCUUAUCUUCUUCUACUUCUUCUUCUUACCUUCUUCUUUUAAUCUUCUUAUUAUUUUUUCUUUUCUUAUCUUCUUCUUCUUACCUUCUUCUUACCUUCUUCUUAUCUUCUUCUUCUUAUAUUCUUCUUCUUAUCUUUUCCUUCUUCUCCUCCCUCUUAUCUUCUUCUUAUCUUAUUCUUCUUCUUCUUAUCUUCUUCAUCCUCUUAUCUUCUUCGUCCUCGUCUUAUCUUCUUCUUAUUCUUACCUUCUUCUUAUCUCCAUCUUCUUAUCUUCUACUUCUUCUUACGUUCUUCUUCUUCUUCUUUUUCUUUUUCUUCUUAUUAUUAUCUUCUUCUCAUCUUCUUCUUAUCUUCUUCUUCUUACCUUCUUCUUACCUUCUUCUUCUUCUUAUCUUCUUCUUAUCUUCUUUUUCUUUUUCUUCUUCUUAUUAUUUUAUUAUUAUUAUCUCCUUCUUCUUAUCUUCUUCUUCUUCUUAUCUUCUUCUUCUUCUUCUUAUCUUCCUCUUCCUAUCUUCUUCUUAUUUUUUCAUUUCUGCAACAUUCAUUCUUUUCUUUUCUUUUUUUUUCUUUUUACAUAUCUACUUACCUCUUUUUCUUUUCCUCGUUUUCUUUUAAAAUGGAAUGAUUUUCUUGAAUCUUUUGUUUAUUUUCUUAAUUAUUCUUUAUUUUUGUUUAUUUUCCUACCUUUCUUCAUUCCUUCCUUCUUUCUUCCUUCCUUCCGCUCGUCCUUCUUUUCUUCUGUUCGUCCUUCCUUCCUUCCGUUGGUUUUUCCUUCCUUCCUUCCUUCCUUCCUUCCUUCCUUCCUUCCUUUCGUAUUUCCUUCCUUCCUUCCAUCCUUCCUUCCUUUCUUUCUUUCUUCCUUCCUUCCUUCAUUCCUUCCUUCCGUUCGUCUUUCCUUCCCUCCUUCCUUCUUUCCUUCCUUCCGUUCGUCUUUCCGUCCUUCCUUCCUUCCUUCCGUUCGUUUUUCCGUCCUUCCUUCCUUCCUUCAUUCCUUCCUUCCUUCCUUCCUUCCUUCCUUCCUUCCUUCCUUCCUUCCUGCCUUCCUUCCUUCCUUCCGUUCGUUUUUCCGUCCUUUCUUCUUUCCUUCCUUCCUUCCUUCCUUCAUUCCUUCCUUCCGUUCGUCUUUCCUUCCCUCCUUCCUUCUUUCCUUCCUUCCGUUCGUCUUUCCUUCCUUCCUUCCGUUCGUUUUUCCUUCCUUCCUUCCUUCCUUCCUUCCUUCCUUCCUUCCGUUCGUCUUUCCUUCCUUCCUUCCUUCCGUUCGUCUUUCCUUCCGUUCGUCUUUCCUUCCUUCCUUCCUUCCGUUGUCCUUCCUUCCUUCCUUCAUUCCUUCCCUUCCUUCCUUCCUUCCUUCGUUCGUCUUUCCUUCCUUCCUUCCUUCCUUUCGUCUUUCCUUCCUUCCUUCCUUCCUUCCUUCCUUCCUGCCUUCCUUCCUUCCUUCCGUUCGUCUUUCCUUCCUUCCUUCCUUCCGUUCGUUUUUCCGUCCUUCCUUCCUUCCUUCUUUCCUUCUUUCCUUCCUUCCUUCCGUUCGUUUUUCCAUCCUUCGUCCCUUCCUUACUUCCUUCCUUCCUGCCUUCCUUCCUGCCUUCCUUCCUUCCUUCUGUUCGUUUUUCCGUCCUUCAUUCUUUCCUUCCUUCUUUCUGUUUGUCCUUCCUUCCUUCCGUUCGUCUUUCCGUCCUUUUUCUAUCUCCGUUUCUUCUCACCUCUCUUCCAUCUUUUAUUCUUCCCUCCCUCCCUCCCUCUUUCCUUCUGUUUCUUUCUGUAUUUUAAUAUUUUACACGAUUACACGCUUCAUCGCUUUCACUUUCCCUUCUACCUUACCAUAA